GGACACUUCUCAGGUCUGGGAGAAUCGGAUUGAGGAAGAUGCUUCCGUGACUCCCGGAGCCCAGAAGGGGAGAUAACUCAGCACCUGAAGAAGUUCAGCUUGUGUAUUCGAAGGUGUAUUUAAGAACCAUCUUGUGAUAAAUCCUCAUAGAAUCAGAAGAAUCAGAGAAUCAGAAGGAGGAAGGAGAAAUGUCAGAUUUGAAGAGAAUGCUGACAUUCAAGGAUGUGGCCAUAGAAUUCACUCAGGAGGAGUGGGAGUGCCUGGACCAGGCUCAGAAGGAUUUGUACAAGGAUGUGAUGCUAGAGAACUAUGGACAUCUGGUGUCCUUAGAUUGUAUGAUAUCUAAGCCAGACCUGAUAACAUUUUUGGAGCAAAAGAAGGAGCCGUGGGCCAAGAAGAGAAAGAAGUUAUCCAUAUUCAAAGCUGGAGAUACCAGCAACUUAGUGGAAUCUGGAUUAAGAGUCCUGGGCAGAGUGUCCCUCUCCAAAGGUAUCUCUUCUCACGAUACCCAGAUCUUAUUUCCAAAGACAGACAGAGAAGACUCCUUCCUGAAUGUACCAUUGGAAAACCAUGGAAGCGGCAGUCCUUCGAGCGUCUACGUAAUGAAAGUCUGGAAAUGUUACAAUGAGCCUAAGGAGUCGGGGCCAUUCGCUCAUAAUAAAAUCCUGACUGUGAGGAGAGAGUAUCUGGAAAAGUACGUAGUGGAUACCGCCUACGAUCACGUGAACCAUUUUGAAUACAGGACGGUAUUAAGUCUUCAUCCGAGACUCUCUGAAAAGCCGUGUCUCCAAAGGGAAGGGGGGGAGGAUUCCAUGUACGAGCAACUUCAGAAGCAGCGGAGCAGUCCCAAGCCAGAGAGACCCUACAAGUGUAAAGAAUGCGGCAAAUGUUUCAAAUGGCACUCGAAAGUCAUCGAGCAUCUGCGGGUACACACGGGCGAGAAGCCCUACAAGUGCCAAGAGUGCGGCAAGGAUUUUAAGUGGCACUCGCACUUCAUCCAACACCUGGGCAUCCACACGGGAGAGAAAUCCUACAGGUGUAAAGAAUGCGGCAAGAACUUUCACUGGCGCUCGGGCCUCUUCAAGCAUCUGAAAAUCCACGCCGGGGAGAAGCCUUACAAAUGUCAGGAGUGCGGCAAAGACUUCAGCCAUCGUUCCUACCUCACUCAGCACCUGAGAGCCCACAGCGGGGAGAAACCUUACAAAUGCAAGAAAUGCGGCAAAGACUUCAGCCAGUCGUCCAAUCUGUCCCAGCACCUGCGAACGCACGGGGACCAGAAGCCCUACAAAUGUCAGGAAUGCGGCAGGGCCUUCAACUGGCAUUCGGGUUUUACGAAGCAUCUGAAGAUGCACAUGGGAGAGAAACCCCACAGGUGUCAAGAGUGCGGCAAAGAUUUCAGCCACCCUUCCUAUCUCACGCAGCACCUGCGGAUACACAGCGGGGAGAAGCCGCACAAGUGCAAGAAGUGCGGCAAAGACUUCAGCCACCGGUCGACUCUGACGCAGCAUCUCAGAACCCACAGCGGCGAGAAGCCCUACCGGUGUAAAGAAUGCGGCAAAGAUUUCAGUCAAUCUUCCAACCUCUCCCAGCACCUGAGAACUCACAGCGGAGAGAGACUCUAUAGAUGUAAAGACUGCGGGAAGGCCUUCACCUGGCUGUCCAACCUCACUCGGCACCGGCUGAUUCACUCCGGAGAGAAAGCUUACCAGUGUAAAAAAUGUGACAGAGUCUUCACUUACGUGUCGCAUCUUCUUAAACAUAUGAGCGUUCAUUCUAAAAAGAAGCCUUAAAAAAGAAAAAAGAAAAAAAAAUGUAGAAAGUGUGGGAAAGCCUUCAGUCCAGUCAGUACUCAUACUUUAGGAGCUCUGGAGAGAGAUUUUUAUUGUCAUUCUUUUUCUUUGAAUAUUUUUUUGUAAUAAUAAUUUGUUGACAAAUUUAUAAGAUUGCAAUGUAUCGGGAGUUGGGCGGUAGCGCGGUGGGUUAAGCGCAGGUGGAGCAAAGCACAAGGACCGGCAUAAGGAUCCCGGUUCGAGCCCCCAGCUCCCCACCUGCAGGCGGUGAAGCAGUUCUGCAGGUGCCUCUCUUUCUCUCCUCCUCUCUCCAUUUCUCUCUGUCCUAUCAACAAUGACAACAAGAAUAACUACAACAAGGGCGACAAAAGGGAAUAAAUAUUAAAAAAAAAAGAUUGCGAUGUAUCGUUCCACACCCACAACCAAAGUUCUACAUAUUAAGAUCUUUUUACUGUAAAUACUCUUGCUUAAUAUGAAAGUGUGUGCAUGCUGGAGAGAAAAUGGUCCAGGUAUAAUGUAAUAAAUAAUGAUAUAGGGGCCAGGCAGUGUUGUACCUGGUUAAGCGCACACAUUACAGUGCACAGAGUCCCAGCUUCAAGCCCCUGGUCCCUGCCUGUAAGAGGGAAGCUUCACAAGUGGUGAAGGAGGGCUGCAGGUGUCUUUCUCCCCUACUCCUCUCAGUUUCUCUCUAAUAAUAAAUAAAUAAAAAUAAAUGAUUUAUAGUUACUGUAUACUCUAGGAAACACCAAGAGUGUGUUGGGAGGAAAAACAAAGGUGGGUGAGUACUGACUUGAGAAUCAAAUCUGAAGACAGAACUGGUAAUAAAUCACUCUGCAAAGACUCUAAAUGAGAAUAAUACAAGAGCAAAGUUGAAACAAAUUGAUAGUGUUAGCAUUCCUCAAAGGAUCACAGGAGUAUGUGUCUACACAGGAAUCUACCACUCCUAACAACCAUACUUUUCCUUUCUAUUUUCUCUGCUAUCUUUUACAAAGCCAAAGUGUUCUUCCAGUACUGCAACACUCGUCACAUGUUCCCCACCUACCCCCCCAAAAGAAAUAAGUAGAGAGUAAGAGUGUAAGAAACCGUAACACUGAAACUUCCUUCAGUGUGGUAGGCGGCAGACUCAAACCUGGGUCACAUACUUGGCAAAAACAGCACACCAUCCCCAAGUGAGCUAUAUCACCUCUCUCAGAUUAACUCUCUGCUCUGUCUUUAUAAAGUUGGUGAAGUUGUGUGGGUUUUCUUGAAAUACCUCAGAUAUUUCUGGUGGCUUGUCAGAAAAAGUCUCGGCAACGCUUUUGCGUAGAAAGACAAAAAUACAUCGUGGCGUUUCCAUGGAAUAUUAAUGACAACAAACAUCAAAUGUGUGAAAAACAUAUGAAGAUGUCAUUUGCUUAAAAACAGUGUGAUAUGUUAGUUGUGAAAUAUUCUCUGUAUUAAAACAAAAUAGACGAGUAGCCUGAAAUUUAAAGUUUUACCAACUGAUCAUUAAGAAGACAGUGCUGGCCAUUUAAAAGAUAAUUAGAGGUGUAAUGCUGUAUAGCCUAUUCUCCCUUUUAAAAGGACAUCCAGUGACUGUACAUCCAGGUUUUCCAAAUAUUGCUGGCAUUGGAAGAUCAUUAUCAGACAAAGACUGAUAUUAAAGACUAGAAUCUGUUUUGGCCAGGUGCUUACAGUGUUAUAUUCAGUGUUUUCUGUAGACAUUGUAUUGACUUAACAUGUUCAACAAACGCAGUUCAAUUUCAUCAAUAAACGGUAUGCCGUGUGUUAACACUAAA